AUUUUUAAACAGUCCAACAUAAGAAAAAAACGAGUAACAGGGCAUUUUGAGGUGAGCAAGUUUCAGGUGCAACAAUUGGACUGGGCCAGCAGAAUCCCAUUCACAACCAGAACUGGAGCGUCGCGCACUGAGCUGACCUCGGCCUCGCAUUUGACCAAACAAACGUAUGAUUGGUUGUAAACCAGGAAGUGCUCCCGCAUGUCUUUUCCCAAACUCGCCACCCAGUGUGGGAAGUAAGUCAGUCGUGUACAUUUGAGACGAUGCCGUGUGCCACUAAAGAAAAUGGGGAAAAAAACAAAAAAGGCCCCCGGGCCGUAGUUUGCACACCACUGACUUGAGUAGCGUGAGAGAGUAUUUGUACAGUACUCGAUUACCACCCGGUCGCAGGCCUUGCAACGGCGACGCGUUUCUGCAACUGGUUGUGAACUCCGCGCCCCGAGAUGAUCUUCGGCGUUGAAAGCGAGCGAGGCCGCCGCACAAGUUUACAUCCGUUGGUUUAUUUAUUUGAAAAAUUUUCAGCCCGCUGCUUAAAAGCGCCAGAAGCCCUGCGUGUGAUUAGCGGAAUGAAAAUGAAGGCGGCGAGUCUUAUGGGGUUGUACGAUAUUCCUUUUAAAGGCUGACUGCUUCUCCUUUGUGGGCCUCGCAGCGAAAGCCUUUCAUGCCGUGACCUGCCAGCGGAUCUCGAAAUGGAAUCAAAAGCUCCCCUGAUUGACAUCCAUUUUGAAAAGGCGGCCAUUUGAUGUGCAAGGUGAGCGGCGGUUACACCGGGGCGAGGGGGCCGGAGGCGCUGUUUUGCAGCUGUCUCUUUGAUUGACAGACCGGCGGGAGCGAGCGAGCGAGCGGAGCCCGAUCCGGGCUGCGGAAGUCGGGCUAGUCGCCGGGGCCAGAUGGAGCUGCGGAAGAACAUUCGGUAUCUCGAGGUGAAAUGGGAUUUUCUGCAAAAGCCAGCUGGUCAACUUGAAUUAGUACACACAACUGUUGCCGUAACUGGAUUUGGACUACAAGUGAAAGAUCCAGAUCCAGAUCCAGAUCUCUGCGUGAAAGCUACGCUAACGAUCGCUGUCCCGAAUUGCCUCCUCCAAGUACGUCCCGUAAGUUUUGACAAAAAUUCCGCCAUCACCACCACGACGGCGGCGGCGGGACUCGUCGAGGAACGCCGUUCGAACCCGAGCUCGUUAGCGAGGACCCCGGCUCUCGCCGAAGCGUUUUCUGCGCCUCCCGCGAGUUCAUCUUCAGCGGCGGUACAAGACGCCUCCUCCCCUCCCUGGAGGCAAAGUAGCAUCACACAGCGCUACGCCUCGCCUUUUUUGCUUCUUCCUCGCUUCCCCCCGGAGGAGACGAAAGCUCCCCGCAUUCCGCUCUUCAUCUCACAACGAUGGAAGAAGGGGAGGAAAGGAGAACUCGGAGGGGUGGCGGCGGCGGCGGUUUUAGCUUCAUUUGUGUCCGACCAGCUAGCUGCACGGUCGCGUGCGGCUUGCGGUCGCCUGGGAGAUGAUGACACCGUUAGCCCGGCGAGGGACGCGUUUGAUUGACGCACGCCCCACCGAGCGAGGAAAAACUCCGGUUGACAGCAACACCGCCACCAGUUAACUUUCACCCUCUUUAAUCUCUGUGCU